UCUAACGGACCCAACUCAUUCGCUCCUAAACUCUCUCACUGUCUCUCUCUCCCUCUGUCCCUCUCUCUCUCUCUCUGCGUGCCGGCCGAUCAACUCCGAUUCAUUUCUCAAUCUCCUAUAAGAGCCGACACCCUAACUUUCGGGAGAUUUCGUUCCAAAUCCAAAGUUUUGAGCUUUAUGAAUCAAAACCGUAGGUUCUUCUUCCUUUGUUUCCGAAAUUCUCUUCCGAGUCACCGAAUUCGAAUUCCUCAGCUCAAAUUCAUCGACUUUCCCGCCAUUAAUUCUCAUUCUUGUAGAAGAAGAAGAAGAGAAACUUGCAAAUCCUUUCCUUGAAGAACUUGCAAAUCGUUGUUCAAAUUGCUUAAAUAUGUGAAAAUUUUCUUCAAGCACAUUAAAAAUUCCAACUAAAAAAAGUCUUCCAUUUCAGAGCAAAAUCUGUCGGAUCAAAACUUUAAAUUUCCACUCAUUUUCACGAAUUCCAGCCAAUCAAAAACCUCAGAAUCGUUCUUCAAUGGCGGACUCCGACAACGAAUCUGGCGGAGGAGGGACGGGAAACUUGUCCGCGAAUGAGAUGUCGCCGCGCGAGCAGGACCGGUUCUUGCCGAUCGCGAACGUGAGCCGGAUCAUGAAGAAGGCUCUGCCGGCGAACGCGAAGAUCUCCAAGGACGCCAAGGAGACGGUUCAGGAGUGCGUGUCGGAGUUCAUCAGCUUUGUCACUGGCGAGGCUUCCGACAAGUGCCAGAGGGAGAAGCGCAAGACGAUCAACGGCGACGAUCUGCUUUGGGCCAUGACCACCUUAGGCUUCGAGGAGUACGUGGAACCCCUGAAGGUGUACCUCCAGAGGUUUCGGGAGUCCGAGGGGGAGAAGACCAUGGUGGCGCGCGACAAGGACGGCUCCGGAGGCACGUCGUCCUUGUCGACGACGGGUUUGGGAAACGGUGGUGGUGGUGGUGGGGUAUAUGGGAAUAAUAUGGUGCUUCAGGGAGGACACGUGUACGGCUCUGGUGGGUUUCAUCAGAUGGCUGUGAGUGGUCCUAGUGGUGUGGGGUUUGGUGGGUUGGGGAAAAGUGGGACCGGGUAUGCAGGGCCCGGGUCCAACACGGGUAGGCCUAGAUAGUUGUCAAUUAUUGAGGAAAUUAAUAAAUUAAUGUGGGACCUAUGGAGAGCAUUGUAAUUCAAGUAAUGAUAUUAUUCGUAUUUAUUUAUUACGCUCAUUGUAUACCGGCUAAUGUGUCGUGUUUUAAGUGACUAAUAUGAGAAGUCACUUAAAAUACGUUAUGUCAGUCAGUGUAAUAAAUAAGUACGAAUAAUAUCAUUACUCUAU